AAGGCGCCUCCACGCUCAGCAACAUCCUCCAACAAGACAGCAGUUUAAACCUGCAAUAUACCGGAGCGGGAAAACAUCCAUCCCACUAUCCUUGUACAAGUGAACGAAGACCAAAUCAGAUCUGUCUUUUCUUGGGUUGCAUUGAGGCUCCUUUUGUAUUUUUUUUGUUGUUGUUAUGGAAAUCUAACUCACGCAAAGGGACAUUUCAUUUAAGCCAGUUGUAGGAUUUUGCACUUUGCGGUUGACAAACUUUGCAUCACGUUGGAAAGAGAGAAAGAAGGAUAAAGCACGCUUAGGAUGGCGCGCGCUAACUUUUGGCUGUGUUUGACGGUGCUCGUGGCUCUCGAGCUGUGCGGCAGCGACGAGCCCGAAUUGUUAUCGCGCGCAGCGGCGCCCUCUGAAGUGCCCGUGAUGGCCGUGAUGCCCUCGGCUCUUUCCCUGCUCGAGGUGAUGCACGAGGAGGAAGUGCCGGUGGAGGAGGAGGAGGAGGAGGCUGAGGAGGAGGAGGAGGCAGCCGGCGCGCGCCAGUGCUCGGCGUGCGCGUGGCGGGAGCAGAGCCGCGCGCUGCGCCUCGAGACCAUCAAAUCACAGAUCCUGAGCAAGCUGCGGCUCAAACAUGCGCCUAACAUCAGCCGCGCCGUGGCUGAGCAACUGCUUCCUCGCGCGCCGCCGCUGCAGCGCCUCCUCGACCAGCACGACUUCCAGGGAGACGCGGCAGGAAUAGGAGCAGCGCGAGAGCUGGACGAGUUCACUGAGGCGGAUGAGUAUCACGCCACCACUGAGUCGGUGAUCGCCAUGGCCUCAGAGCCGGAGCCAAUAGUCCAGGUGGAUGGAAAACCAAACUGCUGUUUCUUCAAGUUCAGUCCCAAGUUGAUGUUCACUAAAGUGCUGAAAGCCCAGCUCUGGGUUUAUCUACGACCAUUGCAGCAAACAUCUACUGUUUAUCUGCAGAUCCUACGUCUGAAACCCGUAACUGAUCAGGGCAGUCGCCACAUCCGCAUCCGUUCCCUCAAGAUUGAGCUCAACUCACGGUCAGGCUACUGGCAGAGCAUUGACUUUAAACAUGUCCUGCAGAACUGGUUUAAACAGCCACACACAAAUUGGGGCAUUGACAUAAAUGCCUUUGAUGAAAGUGGCAACGACCUGGCUGUGACCUCACUAAGACCUGGAGAAGAAGGGCUGCAGCCGUUCCUGGAGGUGAAAGUUCUCGAGACGACAAAACGUUCACGCCGUAAUCUUGGCCUGGACUGUGAUGAGCACUCGACUGAAUCUCGAUGCUGUCGCUACCCACUCACAGUGGACUUUGAGGCAUUUGGAUGGGACUGGAUCAUUGCUCCUAAGCGCUACAAAGCCAACUACUGUUCAGGCCAGUGUGAGUACAUGUUCAUGCAGAAGUACCCACACACCCAUUUGGUGCAACACGCUAAUCCUCGAGGCUCGGCCGGUCCUUGCUGUACACCAACCAAAAUGUCACCCAUUAAUAUGCUCUACUUUAACGACAAGCAGCAGAUCAUCCACGGAAAGAUUCCUGGCAUGGUGGUCGAUCGCUGUGGCUGCUCUUAGACACAAAAGGUGGCUCGUUUGGUCUGCUCAUGACUAUUCAAAUGUCUCCUGAUUGGCUUUUCUCUUACAUCCUGGAAGAGUGACACAACGAUCAAGGAGGCCAAAUUUAGCUUGUUACUGUAGUCAGCUAAUAACAGAAUAAUUCAUGGUAAAAGUGGUAAAAACUGGAGUCGAAGGAAAGAGAUUUCUGUGAACAAUUUGGAAGUUUUAAGACUGGCUGGUGAAAGAAGAUUGAGACAUUUAUUUAUUCCUUUUCUGUGUUAGUUUUUUAUGUGUUUGUUGCUCCUGGUUUUGAUUUGAAGUGUUUCAUUUGUAACUGUUUAAUAGUUGUAAGAUAGAUAUUUUUAAAUUGGCUCCAAAGUGAUUAAGCCAGUUUAUAAGUGUGUUCAUCCUGUCUUACUGCAAGGGCAAAAAAACAAUACUUAAUAUGGAUUAUGCGAUGCCCUCUGUAAAUACUGCGACAGUGAAGUCAAUGCUGUUUCUUGCUGUUAAUUUAACUAUUACCUGCUAGAACCAAGAAUUUUCACAGCAUUGUUGUACAGAUUUAAUCACCACAUCUAAUGAAUUAGAACAGUUUAUGCAUGCGCUCAUAUUAAACUGUAAUAUAAUCAUAGUUGCCUAACAUUUUUAAAGUUAAAAUAAUAAUAAUAAUAAUAAUAAUAAUAAUAAUAAUAAUAAUAAUAAUAAUAAUAAUAAUAAUAAACAGGCAAUUCAAUUACUUGGUUUGACACAAUUGGUGCUUCAAAUUUGAGGAUACUUAAAAUGUUCUUACAAGUUUAUCUGAAACAAAUGAUACGGUUGUCCCUAUGUUGCUUCAGAAAAAGGGACAGAUUUCAUCUUGAGUGCAUGCAAUGCUGCAAUGUAAACGCUGCCUACCUAGGCAACCUAAUCACUAAUAAAACAUAGGUUAAGUGAAUGAGGAAGAGAAAAAUCUUUAUUUGCAAAUGAAAAAACAUCACAUAUCUUUAAUCCAAAGAGACAAUAAUAUUGACUUCACUGUCCCAAUACUUAUGGUGGGAACUGUUUAUGUAACUAUGACUUUUUUCCAAAAUAUUCUUAACCAUAUAUAUAUAUAUAUAUAUAUAUAUAUAUAUAUAUAUAUAUAUAUAUAUAUAUAUAUAUAUAUAUAUAUAUGUAUAUGUAUAUGUGUGUGUGAGAGAGAGAGAUUAAGAAUAUUUUUCCCCAUUUAUACUUUAUUUCAUCCAAAACAUAGUACAUUAGAGAAGCAAAAAUAUGCCAAGAGAGACCUACAGUAGGUAAACAUGCUAUAGCAGACCCCCCACCACACACUGCAAACACAGCUAGCACCCCAGUGCGACAUUCCCAAGAAUCCAGGCGCCCUUUCAUGGCCACUUUGAUCUCCUUUUUACUCGUCAUCUUGUAAAAGACAAAAAGAAACAAGAAGAGAAAGGGGUUUUUCAAGACUUUUCAAUGAGGACAGGAAAAGGGGUUUGACUAGGCAAUCGAAUUACGACCACAGCACUGACUCUCUCUCUCUCUCUCUCUCUCUCUCUCUCUCUCACACACACACACACACACACACACACACACACACACACACACACACACACACAGCCUGAACUUUUAGAGUAUCAGCUCAAUUGGUCAUCCACAACUAGUCCUAAAUAUUAGAAUACGAGGAGAUUAAUAUUAUUCAAUAAUGAUUUAAUAAAAUACUGUAUUAUAUAUAUAUAUAUUUCCUUUCAUAUUAUGGCCAUAUUUUAAACAGUUUUGACUCGGAAUAAAUUUGUCCAACUUAAAUUACAGGGCCUUUAGCUGAAGCUUACAUAAAUUAUUUUCAUAUAGCACAUGUAGGCACGUGCUGAUCAUUUUCAUGUGACAAUAACUGCAGGACACUGAGGAAGUAUCCUAUAUACUGAUAUUGUGUGUGACAUAUAUAUCGCAACAUAUCAUUAUCAGCAACAUAAGAUCAGAUGCACUAGGCCGUUUUCCCCCAAACACACAGUUGCUGGGAAACGCUUCAUUACAUUUCAUCAUGUGGAAAACUACAUUUCAAGAAAAAUAUCAUUUAUUGAUUUUUUUGUUUUAUGAUCUUUCACUCCAUUAUUACUCCUUACUAAUCCUUAAUCGUAUGAUGAACUGAAGUGCUUAAAAGGAAAAAAGAAGUCUCAUCAUCACUAGAUGUCUAAGCAAAGAAAAAUAUUGCUCUGUUGGAAACAAAAGCACUAUGCUGUUGGAUAAAGGAGACGCCUUCUGACGUUAUAUAUAAAUAAUAUAUGUAUAGAAUUUUUUAAAAAGGGGUACAAAAGAACCUUUCUGGGCACUCUACCUUACCAACUAUAAAUUUUGCACUAUGGGAAUGGCAAGAAAAGUCAUGUUGUCUGUAUUUGUAUUAUACAUUUUCAAGCACAAGAGCUUGUACAUGGACUGUAACAAUUGAGAAAGAAAAAAAAUGAGUUUAUGAAGUGGAUAUACAGCGAUUGUCCAUCAUAUUUUUCCUUCAUUCUAUGCUUUCCUGAAGUUCUUUUUUCCCCAUCUUCUAAAGCAGAGACCUGUCAUCAUUUCCUCCAACAAAAUUUAAAAAAAAAAAAAAAAAAAUACCAAAUGUUUUUUUCCAAACAACAUUUUUUCCUGCUUGGACAGACAUCACUGGAGUGUAUUCAUGAAUGCAGGAUGGUGAAGGAAUCCGGAAGCUCUCUCUCAGUGAACAUCUUAAGCUUUUCGUCCUGAUCAUUUGCAGUGUCAACAGAAGUGUCCAUACUUAGGAUGUAUUUCUUUUUUUUUUUAAUAAUUUAAAAAAGAUCAUUAUAAUACAAUAUACUGAAGUUAAGCUUUUAUGAGUUCACAUCCAACUGACCUCCAUUGAGAAAAACCCCUAAGUCACUACUUAGCUCUGUACUUGGUUUGGAUUUUAUUUUGUUUCAAGUCACAUUGAUCCAAAGUGCCUGUCCAAUUAAUAAACACAAAUAGGUGAAGGAAACAUUGGUAGUACAUUAUGGUGCAUUUUCACUAGAGGAAACUUAGUUUGAAGAUUUGAAAUAGAAGAUACAUAUAAAGGCAAUGUUGUGUAGUAGGUGGCAGCAGGUGGCAGCAUACACGCAUUGUUACGAAUAUUAAGAGAAAUAAGGAGCAUGCAAUGCACCUAUACCAAUGUAACAGACUAUAUACACUGAGGCUUAAUUACCUGCAUUGUGAAAUUAGGUAAGGCUAGGUUAUUAGUUCAAGGGGUUAAUCUUUACUGGCAUGUUUGUAAAGACCUGCUUUAAAAGUCUUCAUGUAGUCAUUUGAUGUCUUCAUAAACGAAACCUUAAUACUGGCAAGAUAAAUACAUGAUAUAAAUUCAUUGGUUAGUAGUACUGAUAUAUUCCAGCUGGAGUGUGAGCGUUGUGAUGGUGGAUCGCUUGAAAUUUCCUUACUUGAUUGUGCACAGAGGCAAAUGAGAGCUAAAACAUUAGAGUAAGCUAACAGCUGCUGCUUUAGCAUUGUUACCCAAAACCAAAACACACCUCAGACAAUUCUGUAUCUCAAGAGUCCUUUCUCUGGUUGAUGACACUGAUACGCCAUCGAUACAAAUGAUGUUGCAGAACUUUAAACUGAAGUUCAGUCCAUAUGGAAGCAGAACAGUGUCAAUCUGCAUACUGCAAAUUUCCUGAGGACAGAUUAGGUCUCGAAGUGAUUCAGAUUAAAAAACUCCAAGUUGAUCUGUAUAUUAUGAAUUUUUAAAGGAGGCUUAUUCUGAAAGUCUUUGAACAAAAUGUACAAACACAUUAUGUCCACUUGUGUCCUCUGAGGCAAGUGCAUAAUAACAGACUUUAGAUACACUUACUCUUUAAAUUAGCCUCCAGUGUAAAACAAGGAAAAACUUCAGACAUGCUGAUUGUCCAUAUUACCCAGGCAAGUUCAAGACAUUUCAUUUUUGCCUAAUCCAUGCGUCAGUUUUGUUCAAUGCAAGUACAAAACUUGCAAUGAAACCAUCUUAAAAAUGAAAACUGAAA